CCACCACUUUCCAACGUUUCACGCGCAGCGCGCGAAGGACGUUGACGCACUCUACCUGCAUGAUCAAGAGAAUGGCGUCGAAACUCCAUCUGGGGCAGCCCAAGCAUCCCGAUUCUUCAGCGUCCUCGGCGGCCUCUUCGUACACUUCCUCGGCACCCUCUGUGUCGAUCCUCUCGCACGAACACCGCGCGUCGAUAUCGACCCAGCGCACGUCCCUGCACGAAUGGGUCAAGGACCAGGCCGAGGCGCUCCAGCAGGAGCGGCCCCCACAGUCGGACGCAGUGCCGCUCGAAGUCCGCCGGUCGAAAGGCUCAUACCGCCUCACCGACUUCAUCAUCCAACGCACCCUUGGGACUGGUAGCUUUGGUCGCGUACAUCUAGUACGCAGUAAACACAACCUUCGUUUCUACGCCGUCAAGGUGUUGAACAAGGAGAAGAUCGUGCGGAUGAAACAGGAAUCCCACACCCGCAACGAACAAAUGAUGCUGCAGGCAGUCCAGCAUCCGUUCAUCAUCAACCUAUGGGGGACGUUCCAAGAUACGGCAAACCUGUACAUGGUGAUGGACUUCGUCCCAGGCGGCGAGCUAUUUACCCUCCUGCGACGAUCCAACCGCUUCCCCGACCCCGUCGCCAAGUUCUACGCCGCCGAAGUCGCCUUGGCACUCAACUAUCUCCACUCAAAAGACAUCAUAUACCGCGACCUCAAGCCGGAAAACAUCCUCCUCAACUUUGACGGUCACAUCAAAAUUGCCGACUUCGGCUUCGCGAAGUACUGCUCAACAACCGCAUGGACGCUCUGCGGCACCCCUGACUACCUCGCACCCGAGAUUAUCGGCAACGCACGCUAUAACAAGAGCGUGGACUGGUACGCGCUCGGCGUGCUCAUCUUCGAGAUGCUCUCCGGCCUGCCGCCGUUCCACGAGCCGGACAUCUCGCCCGUCGUGCUGUACGAGAAGAUUGCGCAGGGCCCGGGUGCGAUCAAGUGGCCCGCGUUCCACCCGAACGCGACGGACCUGAUCCUGAAGUUCAUGGAGCGCGACCCGUCGAAGCGCUUCGGGAACAUGCAGCACGGCGCGGGCGACGUGUUCGCGCAUCCGUGGUUCCGCGAGGUGGACUGGAAGAAGCUGCUCAACCGCGAGAUCACCGCGCCGUACCUGCCGCGCAUCGCGGGUGACGGCGAUGCUAGCGCGUUCGAGCGAUACCCGGAGGACAACGCGGCGGCGCAAUACGGCGCGAGCACGCCCGAUCCGUUCGGCGCACGAUUCCCCGAUUUCGAGUAUACCAGCACAUAGUGCUUCGGGCUGCCGCCUCUUCUUGGAUGCUAUGUACAUACGCUCAUCGGGUUGUCGGAUACCACCGGCUGGUUGUUGUACCUGUUACCCUGUCAUCGCUUUCGGACUCUGUACUGUAUAUGUACUUUAGUAUAUCCUUCGACACACGCUUCCCGAAUCCAGUGCGAUUCACCC